CUACGUAAAAUGGCCUCUCUAACGUUGUCUUCGGGAAUUCAGUCGCCUUCAGAGCAGGAGAAUCAAAUCUUUGCGAUAUUGAAUGAAUACGCCCAACCUUCGAGCUCCACCACAGCUUCCGCAGCGGCACAGAGUAUCCAUGGAUUCGCAGCUCCACUUUUGUCGGAUUCUAAAGCGGACAGCCUAGAGAAUCUGCUCUGGCAAUUCUGGAAUAUCGUCAUUAAUGUCGCGAAACAGAUUCCAUGUGAUAGCCCGUCACAGGAGCGGCUAGUGGACCUUGUCAAGGCGCUGACCGAGAUACCACCUACGACGAUACAGAUUUGGGGUAAUGAUACGAAACUCUGGGUGGACCUACCACUUUUGGGGCCUGAAAUGAGAGAAGCCUGGAACCUCAUCCCUACCGGCAGCGAAGCCGAAGAGAAAAUCAAAGAAUGGAUCAACCUGAAUUCUUUUGUCGCACGUCUACUCAGCAUCAGCCUCGCACCAUGGAUUGCUCUCGCCGUAUGGGCUCUCCGCGAUGCUCUUGAGGAAGAAUCGUCGGGAAGGAAGGCGGACUGCGACAUUGCCGUGGCUAGAGAAUGGUUUAAACAUGGUGGGCCUGUUUUGCGACAGGAAACUAUGGCUAUAGAGAACAAGGAAGAGCGAAUUAUGGCGGGUGGGUCAUUGUACCAAGGACCGGCAAAGCUGUGCCCUGAACGAUGGAAAUUCUGGAAGGAACGUCUGAGUCAGAUUAGUGACCAAGGGGGUGACGUCGGACAGGUUGCGAGCACAGCGAAGAUGGCGAUGGAUCAGCUGGAAGACAAUUGAUAAUGCCGGAAUCGUAGAUCCAGUACAGCGAUGCCCGAUUCAUGCGGAAGUGGCUUCCGUGCUCACAUGUUAUCAAUAGGACCAGGGAAAACAUCAAUCAACGAAGUCAAAUGUUAGUCAGAUGGUGGUGCGGAACGUUGGAAUGAGACCUCCCCGAUAUCCUACCAUUGCCCUAAUCGGGCAUGAGACAGCUUGGUAAGAAGCUACACUUACCUGCACCACGGCCCGGGAUUUGUGGUUAGCCAAUCAUUGAGUCGGUUAUACUCAAAUAUGCUUUUAUUCUGACCUUUCAGCUGU